AUGUCAGAUGUACCUGAUUCUUCAUUGUUGCUUGAGUCAGGUACACGGGACAUGUAUGGUCAAGUUAUUUCUACCUCAUAUCGUCGUGGGAGUCUAAUUGAGGAUAAGUCAAAGGGUGAGUCGCAAAUGGGUCAGGCCGGUAAGAGUAUGGGACUUGAUGAUGUAUUUGAUCAUGCCAGUUUGGACUUACAGAAUGUGAGUGACAAUGAUGAUGUCCCGACUGAAGAUAUCGACUCGGAAGGGUUUAAUAAUUUCAUAGGUGACUCACCUCCACAUUCACCUCCAGCUAGACGAAGCAAUAUUAUUCGUCUUAGGGUUAGAGGACUUGGAGCUGCAUCUGCAUCGGCAUCUGCAUCUGCAUCAUCAUCAGCAUUUAAAAAAGUAGUUUUACUUGGUCAUGUGGCCCAUCGCUUGACGGAUAAGUUGUACAAACCCUCCUUGGAGAUGGAUACAAGAGUCACAUACUUCAAGUUGUUGAAAGAAUGGAAGGGUUCUAUGUUGACUGAGGCUCAGAUCUUGUUGGCUGGUAGAUUGAUUACAGCACAACCUGGGACUGUCGAUUGUAAGACUUUGAUCAUGAGGGCGCUGAGAAUUACUAGCCAGACGCUACAGACUAGUAAAGUGAUCCACGGUGGAGGGGUUCAGUCGGGCCUUGUUCCGAAGACAGGCCGAGCGGCAACGCUUGCUUUAGAUCAGGUGACCGCCUGGUUAUGGGUCAUGUUAGGGAACAUGUUGUUUACCGACAGGAGUGGGACUAGGAUUAGAGUGGCGAUUCUCUCCGAGUUUAUUGAUGGCCUAGUCACCUGUGGCAAUAUUUCUUGGGGGUCUGUUACUCUAGCAUAUCUCUACCAUCAGGUUGAAUGGUUGCCUUUUUGUCCUGAUCCUGUUUUCGAUGAUCUAAGGACCAUAUACAGUGGCUGGAUACAGUAUCAAGAUAUUAUUGAGCCAUACUUGCCUAGUCGAGUAUUGCGCCAGAUUGGAUACAUCCAGGUCAUUCCUCCACCCAUUCCUCAUCCCCUGGGUGCAAAUCGUAGUGGUAAUCACCACGCCUACAAGGUUUCAUAG